GAUUUUGAAACUAAUAUUAUACAGUACCACACGUGCACAGAUUAACUUCCGGAUAUAAACAUCAUUGUGUAAAAUGUCGUUUUUCAUCAAAGGAAAGUCAAAACAAACCGGAAAACCAAAAUUGCUCGGGGGAAAAAGGAAGUCCACAGAACCAUCAAAGUUUGCCGGCAAGAAACAGCGGUUCAGAGGAGCCGACGAAGAGAUUGAUAGCGACUCGGAUGGGGGGGAAGUGAAUGAUCAUCGCCAUGACGACAAAGGCUACUCGUCAUCUGAGGAGGAACAGGAGACUGCCCAGGAGAAGAAGCUGCGUCUGGCCAAGCAGUACCUCUCCCAGAUUGAGGCUGAAGAGAGGGAUAGUCGCGUGGACGAGGAAGUGAACAAGGACCUGAUUUCACAAAGGCUGAAACAUGACAUGCUGGAACUGACAGGGAAACUCCAAAAGCAAGUGGCUGCAGACCUGGAAGUGCCGUCCCCGGAGAGUCUGAUCCUGUUCCGUGGUCACCAACUGUCUGUUACGUGUGUGGUCAUCUCUGCAGAUUCCCAGUGGCUCUACAGCGCCAGCAAGGACUGCAGCAUCAUCAAAUGGUCCCUAGCAGAGCGUCGCAAGGUGAAGAUGAUACACGGGGGUAGAAAGGGUACAGAGAAGAAACACGUUGGGCACACUGCACACAUUCUGGCCAUGGCACUGUCUUCAGACGGCAAAUAUCUGGCUACUGGAGAUGCUAACAAACUGAUUCAAAUCUGGGACGCCGGCCCUAUGGAGUUCCUGCACACAUUCAAGGGUCAUAGAGGCUCUGUUACCGGCCUGACAUUUAGGAAGGACACUCAUGAUCUGUACAGCUGUAGCCAGGACCGCUCAGUGAAGAUAUGGAACGUGGAUGAGAGAGCCUAUGUGGAAACACUGUUUGGCCACCAGGACAAGAUCACAGCUAUAGACAGCCUGUCCCGGGAGAGGGCGGUGACAGCAGGGGGCCGGGACGCCACAGUCAGGGUGUGGAAGAUUCUAGAGGAGUCCCAGCUCGUAUUCAACGCACACAGUCUAGUGUCUGUGGAUUGCAUUGCUUUGAUAAAUGAGACCAACUUCAUCACAGGUGCUGAUGACAACUCUCUGUCCCUGUGGGGAGCCAUGAAAAAGAAGCCCCUGUGUACCGUGAAGGGGGCCCAUGGAAACCGGGCGCCAGACAUGAACGGGAACUCCCCUGCAACAUCGCCAGGGGACAAUUGGAUCACCUCUGUGGCGGCCCUACACAACACAGACCUCUUGGCCUCAGCAGGAUCCAAGGACGGCAGUAUCCGACUGUGGAGGUGUGUCAAUGACUGCCACAAAUUAGAGGCCCUGUGUGCAGUCCCUGUGACUGGUUUUGUGAACAGCCUGCAGUUUUCCUUGGAUGGUCGCUUUCUGGUGGCAGGGGUUGGCCAGGAACACAGACUGGGGCGCUGGUGGUCAAACAAAGAGGCUAAAAACUCCAUUGUUGUUAUCCAACUUAAAUACACUGUCAGAUAGGAGCACAAAUAAAUAUAUCUUUGUAAAUA